AUGGUAUUCCCGGUUGGUUGGGGCAUCGGAUAUGCCGUGACCACUGGGAUGAAGAAUGUGUGCGAUCGUUUCUUUCCAGGGAAGGAUUGCAACAAAGAAAACGAUCAGGAUGAAGAGGACGAUCUGUUUUGGAAAGGAUUUCCAUCCAAUUCCAAAAAACAAACCGACCCGGCCGGGGAGGUUUGUUCUGAAAAGGCGUUGGAUGUUGGGACCUCGGACUCCAUCUCGUCCUCUGUACGAGACAGUACAGAGGAUGAUGGUACUGUCUCUGGACAAACUGACUCGGCUGGGGAGGUUUGUUCGGAGAUGAUGGUACAACGUGAGGGUGAGACUGCAGUCGCAGAAAAAUCAAAUCCGGCUGGGGAAGAUUUGUCUGCGGCUGAUCUCGCAGCCAAAGCUGUGGCUGAAGUGACAGCCAAAGCUUUGGUUUCGCUGGUCCCAUCCUUACAGGAGAGUCCUCUGAAGGSMACRUUCACAGGGUCCUUUGAAUUACAACGUUCCCCGGACGGGAACGUUCCGGACGGGGAACGUUGUAAUUCAGAUAAAAACAGUGUUGCUCGUUUGUCUGAAAAACCAUUUCUGAAUGUAAAGAUUUCCAUUGCUGUCGAGGUUUCUUGUUCCCCUAACGUUAAUUCAGUAGCUAGCGUUGGCUCGGAACUGCUAGAUGUAGGGAGGACAUCUGCAGGACAAGGACAAGCGGAGGAGAACUUCUUCAAGUUCUCCGAUGAGCUCCAGAACAGCUGGGUGAAUGCUGCAUUCCAGAGCAUCCUAAACCUGAGCGUCACCAAGCGGUGUCUCKCUAAGGAAAGGGUUUUUCUGGAGGCAUCGUCCAUCCCCUGCUGUGGGAGUCUCAUCCUCUCAGCUGUCCGUCAGCCCAGCAAGCAUUUUAGUCAACAAGACCUUUCCCCAGUUCUGAUGGAGCUGAGGGAGAAGAAGCUGCCGUCAGACAUGGGAAAGGACUAUGACAUAAAAAGUUUGCUGGAGUCUGUGCUGGUCUGGCUGGAUUCGUUUGGCGGCGACACAGAUAGAGAGUUGUACGACAACGACUCUUGCUCCAACUGUGGAGCCACUUCCCUCAAGCUCCUGAACAACGGCGCCAUGAUUGCCCUUCCACCAGUGUUAUUUUCAACCAGUAUAUCUAUACUGCUUGAAUACUGGUUGGAUUUGGCGUGCAAACGCCGUUGUUCAGACUGCGGGUCACCUUGGCAGAAAAAACACUGCCUGACCGAUAACAAGGUCCUGGUAUUUUUUCUGCACAGGAUGACCAGAAAGCACCAAACCAAAGCCACUCAGACCAUCGAUGUGCCUGCAGAAUGUGGGACGGAGACGUACCACCUGUCCUCCGUCAUCUGUGCGGAUCCAAAGCUGACAGACGUCUACUGUUAUUUAAUGAAGGGAGAACGAACCGUGAAGGCAGACAACAAGCAUGUCUUCACUGCAGAGAAGAUAUGUCCAACAACAGUUUCAUUUACAUUUACGAGAAGAGAUGAUCAGACACCAGAGGACAAAAGUAGGCAGAGGUGGACCUUGGAGGCGGGUACAGCGGACGGCGCCGGUGCAGGGGGCAAAGAGCACUGGGGUUAGCACUGGAAAGCAGAGCCUCGGACAAAACACAGGGAGGCGGAGGAGCAGCGGGAGAUUCUGGAGGCGGCGGAGGAGUAGAGGGAGACUCUCUCUUUCUCCAUAUAUGUAUGUAUGUAUGUGUGCGCGCGUGGUUAGAUGGAUAGA